CAACAACAAAGUACAUUUGUAAAAGAAGUUGCUCGGUCGAAUUGAUAACUCUACUAGUACUACAUUCCGCUUGUAGCACGUCUCAUCCGAUUAGUGGUUUCGAUCCAAUAUGAGCAGGUUGUUGAAGAUUGGUUUUCUCGGAGGAGGUAAAAUGGCUCAGGCCAUGGCAAACGGAUUCGUUGCAGCAGGUCUUACUAAGGGCGAACACAUGACCGCUAGCUUCCAUCCUUCCGAUAUAGCCAAUAUUGAAGCGUUUAAAUCUGCAGGAGUGCAAACUUUUGUGGACAACCUUCCAGUAGUGAAGAACUCCGAAGUGGUUUUCAUUUCCGUUAAACCAUCAAUCGUUCCAACAGUGCUAGAAAAUGUUAAACCUGCCAGCGAUGGAAAAUUGUUUCUUUCGAUUGCCAUGGGCGUAACGCUUCAGGAUUUGGAAAAGUCUCUUUCACCAAAAGCUCGUGUGAUUCGAGUCAUGCCGAACACCCCGGCAUUGGUCCGAAGUGGAGCGUCAGUGUAUGUCCGAGGUAAAGCAGCUACCGCGGACGAUUGUUCCCUAACACAAUCACUACUUCAAGCGAUAGGAACCUGUGAAGAAGUAACGGAAAAUAUGAUGGAUCCUAUUACUGCUCUCUCGGGAAGUGGCCCGGCAUAUAUAUUCGUGCUAAUAGAAGCCCUCGCUGAUGGCGGAGUUCGUAUGGGCUUACCUCGUGAUUUAGCAUAUCGGCUAGCGUCGCAAACCGUGUUAGGAUCUGGACAGUUGGUGAAAGAAACUGGCCGGCACCCGGGACAACUGAAAGAUGAUGUUACAAGUCCCGCUGGAUCGACCGCUGCCGGGUUAGCAUUCUUGGAGCAAAAUGCCUUCCGACAUGCAGUAGCUGGAGCCGUUGAAGCGGCGACUCUUCGAUGCCGUCAAGUGUCAGGCAAUAAAUAAAACAUACAGCAUUUCUUUGUGAUCCGCUUUUCCAUAUAAGAAAUACCAUAUGUACAAAGCUCAGCAAAUUGUAGAUAUUUAUUCAACUAAUAAAUCAUAUAAGCAUAGUUCAGA